AUGCGGCAGAAUCGGGCGGGCAAGAAGGCCGUCGGAUUCGGCCUGAUAUUCCCCUCGAUGCAACUUGUCGAGAUCGCGGCGCAGUGCGGGUUCGACUCCAUCAACGUCGACGGAGAGCACGGCCAUUUCACUCCCGAGUCGGUGGACGAAAUCUGCCGCGUCGCCAACGGGUACGGUAUGUCCGUCACCGCGCGAGUCCCGAACAUCAACUCGGACACCAUCAACCUGUUUCUCGACCGCGGGGUCCAGGGCAUCGUCGGGCCGCACAUCGACACCGUCGAGCAAGCCCAAAUGCUGGCCGACGCCUGCCUGUUUCCACCGGACGGGCAACGGUCCUGGGGCGGAGGCCGGGGGACCGAGUUCGGAGACACCGAGAAACUGGAUGCCAUGGGCGGCAAACUGGGUUUCGCGAAGUGGUCCAACGCAAACAUGCUGGUGUUCGGCCAGAUCGAAUCGAAGGUCGCCUGGGAAAACCUCGAGGAAAUUCUCACCGUCCCAGGCUUACCGGAAUAA